CUUCCGUAGAAGAAACCAUCCAGUUUGUUUACAUUUUACGUACCUUUUCAAGAGGAUCGGGUGGCCCAGUGCUGUUGUGACAUCCUCCGCUUUUCGUACCGUUAUACCCCAGAUCUUCACUAAUGCGAUCCCACAGGUCUUAAAUUGAAGAUGGCAUCCGACAACCUUCCAUCUGAGUUUGAUGUUGUCAUACUUGGCACGGGACUCACAGAGUCUAUCGUAGCAUCAGCCUGUUCCAGGGUGGGGCAGAAGGUGCUGCACAUCGACAGGCGGAACUACUAUUCAAGCAAAUGGGCUGGCUUCAACUUCAACAGCCUGCUGUCCUGGGUUGAGGAGUACAAGGCUCAGCAGGGACUCCAGAUCAAAGAUGACGGGGCAGAGUGGAGGAAUAAACUGGUUGAUGGGGAGGAAGCUUUGCUCAUCAGCGCUGAUGACUCAUUCAUCGCCAACUUAGAAGUUUUCUGCUAUGCCAGUUUAGAGGCUGAAGAGGAGGAAAAGGAAGAAGCAACCGACACAACACCUUCACUUGCAGAACCUGAGGAGGAAAUGAAGGGGGAGGCCAGUCCUGACCUCACACAGGAAACCACAGACACCGGUGAAACUCAACACACCCAAGUAGAUGGUGUUCAAGAGGAAGUGGCCUCUCAAGAUGCCAGCCAAGCAGAUGAGGUGGAGGAAAGCAAGGACCAACAAGAGGACUCCACAGCAAGUCCAGUUGAGGAGGUGAAGAAGAAGAAGAAAAUCACCUACGCCCAUCUAGUGAAGGAAGGACGCAGGUUCAACAUUGACCUGGUGUCAAAGCUGAUCUACUCUCGCGGCAGCCUGGUCGAUCUCCUGAUCCAGUCCAAAGUCAGUCGGUACACCGAGUUCAAAAUCGUCACCCGCAUCUUGACCUACCGCAGUGGCAGGGUGGACCAGGUGCCGUGUUCACGGGCUGAUGUGUUCGCCAGCAAGCAGCUGACUAUGGUGGAGAAGCGUAUGCUGAUGAAGUUCCUCACCUUCUGCCUGGACUUCGAGCAGCAUCCAGACGAGUAUAAAGAGGCAUCUGACCAGCUGUUCUGGGAAUUCCUCCAAACCAAGAAGCUCACAGAGAACCUCCAACAUUUCGUCCUCUACUCUAUCGCCAUGGUGACGAAGGAGACGCGUACUGAGGAUGGCCUCAAGGCCACACAGCACUUCCUGCGCUGCCUGGGUCGCUAUGGCAACACGCCCUUCCUGUUCCCCUUGUAUGGUCUAGGUGAGAUACCACAGUGCUUUUGCAGGAUGAGCGCCGUGUUCGGAGGAAUCUACUGCCUGCGCCACUCCGUCCAGUGUUUGGUAGUGGACAAGGAAACAAACAGCUGCAAAGCUGUCAUCGACACCCAAGGCCAGCGAAUCAGCUGCAGCCAUUUUGUGGUGGAGGACGGAUUUGUGAGAGAGCAGUGGAAGAGCACAGAGAAGAGGUUCAUCUCCAGGGCAGUCCUCAUCACUGACCGCUCGGUGCUGCCAGCUGAUUCUGACCAACAGAUCUCCCUGUUGACGGUUCCUCCUCUAGAACCGGGCGGCUCAGCGGUCCACAUGGUCGAGCUCUGCUCCUCCUCCAUGACCUGCAUGCCUGGCACCUUCCUGGUGCAUCUCACCUGCUCCUCCAAAGGAACCGCCCAGGAGGACCUAGAGCCCCUCAUUUCCAGAAUGUUCUACGUGCCCCCCAGCCCCGGCGAGGAACUUGCAGAGGGCGAUGAGAGGUGUGGCCAGCCGACAGUGUUGUGGGCAUUGUAUUUCAACAUGCUGGACACCUCCAGGAUGGACGGCAAUGGCAGUAACGGCUCCUUUGAUUUGCCCAGCAACGUGCACGUCUGUGUUGGCCCUGACGUGACCCUAGGGUGCGACUUCUCCAUUAAGCUGGCUGAGAAUAUUUUCCGCCAGCUUCUGCCAGAUGAGGAGUUUUGCCCACCUGCCCCAGACCCAGAGGACAUCAUAUACGAGGGCGAAGCAUCCCAGGGCGAAGGCUCGGGCUUUGAACAGGAGACACCCAAGACCGAGGGCUCCAGUCUCCAAAGUGAAGGUGAGGGCUUGGAGAGCCAGUCAGAGACUGAGAAAGAGGCAGAAGAAAUGGAGACUCCUGCCCAGAAAGCCCCUGAAGAAGUCCUGAAAGAAGACGCCUCCCCAUCUGAAGAGUAGACAGCACACUCCUUCAUGGAGAAACAACCUACCGCCUUACCAGCCUCCCUUCCACUGCCCUAUGUUACCCCUCCCCACUGUGGAAAUAGUGUCACCAGAACCAGUAAAUCACAGUUGCCUCAAAAAGAGAACAUGACACAAAAAUAUCAUAGUGACACGCAGAGAGCUUCAGGACUUGCAUGACCCAGCUGUGACCUGAAAGUCAGUUUUCACACUAAUAUGUUUAAAGAUGGUACCUACAGGCAUAUACAGUUAUAUAAAAAAAUUUAUCACAGCAGUGAUCAAUACACCUCUUAUAUCAUCAUACGGUAUACACUCAAAUGUGUCUGUCCAAGACAUGCUGUAUGGAACAACACAGAGUAAGUCAAUGAUGCAGGACAUGAAUGAAAUAAACAGGCUGUUCUGUGAUCAUUGCAUCGGUUACUCCCAUAAGUAAUAAUAAAGUAGUGAGAAUGUAAUGGAGUGACAACAUCUAGGAUGGUUUUAUUGUCAGCGGUUUAUGAAAGGGACUGAACUCAUUCUAUUUUGAGAUUUUAUUUAAUGUGCAUUUUUUUUUUUAUCUCUGUCUUAGCAUAGUUCUCAUAUUAUAUGGUUUUCAGAAGGCCUAUUUUUUUCUCUUCACCCUGUUUGUGUUUGUUGCAUUGUCAGCCAUUGUGCCUGAGUUGUCAUGCACAACUGAUUCUAAAAACUCACCAAAAGUUUCUCCAAACAGUUUGUUGCCUAAUAUCAGUGAAAUUAUGGACGAACCAUGCAUGAAACAUCCCAUCACAUGUAGUAAUUAUUUUUGCAAGCCAUAUUUAAAGUAAUACUUUUUGACAUUUGCACAAUAUGAUGUCAGUCAUUGUUUUGGAUUGUCACCUUUCAUCAAUCAUUUCCAGUGUAUCCCUACUCCAUGGUGAACGUGAUAGCAUAUCCAUGCAAAAUAGAUACUAACAUUAACGACAUGAUAUAGUUGUGCCGUUGACAUUAAGUCAGUGGUUUCCCUUGAUCAUAAUUAGUCAUUCAGUCAAACUGAUUUAAGUAGUUGCCAGCGGUUGAAUCGGGUUAUAGCUUGCACCGAAUAGUUGGGCAACAACACAUUGGCAGUAACCUUUAAUUUGUUAUGGCUCAGGGGAAUCUUGGUGAAUGUGAGAAAAUCUUUCCGCAAGUGAAGAACUCAUCUUCAUAGUUUCUUUCACUCCUCCAUUUGUGAUUAAACGUUUAUAAAACCAUUGCCAUUGAAAGAUUAAGGAUGCCUAAUCUAAGGUUAACAUAAACAUACAGUUUCAAUAUAUACCUUGUCCCUGUGCUUCUAUCAGCAAUCUAUUAGUUGUAUGCUUUUUGUUUCAAACAGUUGGCACCUGGCAGUUUGCCUUUGACAAAUAUUUGAAUCACUUGAUACAUUUAUUUUAUGAAUGUGUCCUUUGACCAAAUGCAUCUGUGUUUAGGUAGCUCGCCAACAUGCACUGUGUCUGCUUCUAUAUGUAAUAUUUAUUCAUUUGAAAGUAAAGUGUAUACCUUCUGUAUUUGAUGAUGUCACAUGUUUAUAUUCUGUGCAGCAAGCACAAUAUUUAUUGGACUCACGCCUGUGAGUUACAAAGUUAAAGGAGCCUUCAGCCAUAAGUGUUCAGAAACCUGUUUGUCUCUGGUUUGUGCAUGUAGUUUAAUGUUUAUUAUUUCAAUGAGUAUCCAACAUUAAACAUAUCUUUACCAUUAAAUGUUUGUAUCAGAGGUCAACCUUUUAUGGGGUGGUACCAUAGACAUAAGACCUAUCAGUAGUAAAUUAAAUUGGCUGAAGAGCUUAAAGUUG